GUAAGUAAGGUAAGAAUUAUAAAUACACAGCCCAACGCACGCAUAAACACACAAUCACACACACACACAGACGGGAAACAGAGAGAGAUUCGUCUGAACUUUGGGUCGGGGGAAAAGCAUAGACAGUGAGGAGGGGGAAGCGUAUUCCUCGUGAGCCCUGCAGGCCCUGCAACGCAAUAUAAUUAUACGCUACUACUACUACUACGAUAGAGUAUAUAGCCUAGUACUCCCAAUUCAUUCUCCUUUCACCCCUUCCUUUGCCUCUUCCUUCCCCCCCAGCACUAGCAGCCCCAUCUGCCGUCUGGGGUCCCCCACCUUUUUUUGCAUAUAAAGGCCAUAACCACAGGGAAAGCAACUGUUUUCUGCGUGUUUUUCUGUGUGUGUGUGUGUGUGCGAGAAAGACAGAGAGGAGGCAGGCGGAAAGCAAGAAAGAUGAUGUGGGAAGCUGGAGGAUCAACUGCAUCAUCAUCAGCGGCCGGUGGCAGCGGUGGUGGUGGAGGUGGAGGAGGAGUAGGUGGAGGAAGUGGUGGCCUGGUUAAUGGGAGGAGGAAGCCUUCAUGGAGGGAGAGGGAGAAUAAUAGGAGGAGGGAAAGGAGGAGAAGAGCUAUUGCAGCUAAGAUUUAUGCUGGGCUGAGAGCUCAGGGAGAUUAUAAUCUCCCGAAGCACUGUGAUAACAAUGAAGUCUUGAAGGCUCUCUGUGCUGAAGCUGGUUGGAUUGUCGAGUCUGAUGGCACCACUUAUAGAAAGGGAUGCAGGCCACCUCCAAUCGAGAUUGGAAGCACUUCAGCAAACAUCACACCAAGCUCUUCCAGGAAUCCCAGUCCACCUUCUUCCUAUUUUGCGAGUCCAAUUCCUUCUUAUCAACCGAGCCCCUUGUCCUCUUCCUGCCCUAGUCCAACCCGUCAGGAGCCCAACAUGGCAUCUCAUCCAUUUGCAUUUCUCAGGAACUCCAUUCCUUCAUCUCUGCCUCCACUCCGAAUAUCGAAUAGCGCCCCUGUGACUCCACCUCUUUCCUCCCCAACUAGACUUCCUAAGCAAAUUUUUAAUCUAGAGGCCCUUGCCAAAGAGUCCAUGAAUGCCUUGAACAUCCCUUUCUUUGCUGCCUCUGCGCCAGCAAGUCCAACAAGAGGCCAACGAUUUACUCCGGCCACUAUACCUGAAUGCGAUGAGUCUGACUCAUCCACAAUUGAUUCAGGCCAAUGGAUGAAUUUCCAAACAUAUGCACCUAAUAUGGUGCCAACUUCACCAACCUUUAAUCUGAUGAAACCCAUGGCUCAACCAGUUUCUCCCAUGGAUGUUGUCUCAGGAAAGGGUAAAGGUAUAGAGUUUGACUUUGAGAAGCUACCAGUUAAGGCGUGGGAAGGGGAGAGGAUUCAUGAAGUUGGGUUGGAUGAUUUGGAGCUCACACUAGGAAGCGGAAAUGCUGGCAUUUGAGUGAUCUAUCGCAUGAUUCCAUGGAUGACAUCUUUGAAUGGCAAUUCGGAAAUGCAUUCGAGCAGAGCCUCCCUUCGUGGUUGGAGGAUCCUUUCAUUUUACUUGGCUCAAACUUUGAUGCUGCUCAAGUGUAGAGAUAUGUGAUCAAUUUGGUUAUUAGGAUGGGAUUGAUUUUCAGUUCAUUUUCUUUUGUUCUUUUUUCCUUCUAUUGUUAGUUCUUGCAGACCCCUCCAUAAUUUGUUUGGGCGUCUCCAAAGCAUUACAUGUAGAUAAUUCUCUGUUAUCUAUCCAUUACAAUCAAGAAUUAUUUUCUUCGAUGUAGGCUAUAGUGGGAAGGGUUUCACAAAUUUGGAACUGUUUUGAGGAUUUGUCUUCAAUUGAUGCAUAACGUUACUACA